AUGGACGAGCAUCUCAGCCUCCUGCACUCGCCUCCGCCGCCCUCCGCCCGCCACCGCGCCCACCCUUCGGCGCAGUCCCAGCCCCAGCCCCAGCCGGGCGGCGGCGGUGGCGCCCACACCCUGGUCAACCCCGGCUACAUCGAGCCCGCCGCGGGGGCCGCAGCCGGCCCCGAGCUGCCGCCCGGCAUGACCGUGGUGCCGGGGGACCACCUGCUGGAGCCCGAGGCCGGCGGCCCGCAGCCAGGGGGCUGCGGCGGCGGCUGUGACCGUGACCGUGACCGCUACGAGCCGCUCCCGCCCGCCGGGCCGCCCGGCGGGGCGGGCGCGGGCGGGGAGCAGGACUGCUGCGGGGAGCGGGUGGUGAUAAACAUCUCCGGGCUGCGCUUCGAGACGCAGCUGAAGACCCUGUGCCAGUUCCCCGAGACGCUGCUGGGGGACCCCAAGCGACGCAUGCGGUACUUCGACCCGCUCCGCAACGAGUACUUCUUCGACCGCAACCGGCCCAGCUUCGACGCCAUCCUCUACUACUACCAGUCCGGGGGCCGCAUCCGCCGGCCGGUCAACGUGCCCAUUGACAUCUUCUCCGAGGAGAUCCGCUUCUACCAGCUGGGCGAGGAGGCCAUGGAGAAGUUCCGAGAGGACGAGGGCUUCCUGCGCGAGGAGGAGCGGCCCCUGCCCCGCCGGGACUUCCAGCGCCAGGUGUGGCUGCUCUUCGAGUACCCCGAGAGCUCGGGGCCCGCGCGGGGCAUUGCCAUCGUGUCGGUGCUCGUCAUCCUCAUCUCCAUUGUCAUUUUCUGCCUGGAGACGCUGCCCGAGUUCCGCGACGAGAAGGAAUACCCGGGGUCCUCGUCGCCCGACACCCUGGAAGCUGCCACCAACAGCACGUCGGGCUCCGCGGCGGGCGCCUCCAGCUUCUCGGACCCCUUCUUUGUGGUUGAGACCCUGUGCAUCAUCUGGUUCUCCUUUGAGCUGCUGGUGCGUUUCUUCGCCUGCCCCAGUAAGGCCACCUUCUCCCGCAACAUUAUGAACCUGAUUGACAUCGUGGCCAUCAUCCCCUACUUCAUUACCCUGGGCACAGAGCUGGCCGAGAGGCAGGGCAAUGGACAGCAGGCCAUGUCCCUGGCCAUCCUGAGGGUCAUCCGGCUGGUGCGGGUCUUCCGAAUAUUCAAACUCUCCCGCCACUCCAAGGGGCUGCAGAUCCUGGGACAGACCCUGAAGGCCUCCAUGAGAGAGCUGGGGCUACUCAUCUUCUUCCUCUUCAUCGGAGUCAUCCUCUUCUCUAGCGCUGUCUACUUUGCGGAGGCAGACGACCCCACUUCUGGCUUCAGCAGUAUUCCCGAUGCCUUCUGGUGGGCGGUGGUGACCAUGACCACCGUAGGUUAUGGGGAUAUGCACCCGGUGACCAUCGGGGGCAAGAUUGUGGGAUCUCUGUGUGCCAUCGCUGGUGUUCUGACGAUUGCCUUGCCGGUGCCAGUGAUUGUUUCCAAUUUCAACUACUUCUAUCACCGAGAGACGGAGGGUGAAGAGCAAGCCCAGUAUAUGCACGUGGGGAGCUGCCAGCAUCUCUCCUCUUCAGUUGAAGAGCUAAGGAAAGCUCGGAGUAAUUCGACUCUGAGUAAGUCAGAAUACAUGGUGAUCGAGGAGGCGGGUAUGAACCAUAGCACCUUCCCCCCAGCCCCCUUCAAAACGGGAAACUCCACUGCCACCUGCACCACGAACAAUAAUCCCAACUCGUGUGUCAACAUCAAAAAGAUAUUCACCGAUGUUUAAUACAUGAUACAAGUGACAUGUUAUGCUUAGUAUUGUGUGGAACGUGCCCCCAUUGGUCUGUGUAUGCCCUCGUUUUUUAUACAUUUCCAGACCAUUCAUCCAGAGAAGAAUAUGGAAAACACACUUCCUUCAUCCACCCCGCCCCUGUCCCAUGUUGCUUCGUACCAAAACAGGUGUCUUUUGCAAAUGGGCUGCGUUUCCUCUGCUCCCCAUUUUUUUUUCCCUUUUAAUCUUGCAAAUAGCGGAAAUGCUGUUUGUGACUUUUAGUUUUGGUUUCUAGUACGCUCUGAAACAAUGAAUCGUGUAGGUGGGGAGGGGAAUUAAAAGUGCUUUUAGGGUAACGGGUUUAACUACAUAAUUAAAAGCAGUUUUUUUUGUUUUUGUUUUUUUACCAGUGGGAGGACCUUCUAGCAUUGUUUAUUGUGCUUGUAGGUGAAUUGCCUAGCCUAAAGGAUCGCUCAAUUAAAUCCUAUUUAGUGCAA